UACACCGGACCGGUUCGAGUACGCUUAGCCUUAGCUUUAGAUCGGAGUUCGGAAGUCCCCUCACCGGUGGCUGUGUGUUUACGUAUCGUCGAGCGGACAAUAUGGUGGCGAAUAGGAAGCUGACGGCAGCGGCCGUGCUGGCGGUGUGCUGUGCCGUUCUGGUGCCCGUCCGGGCUGCUACGAGUCUUGCCAAGCGUGAGGCACCACUAGUACCACCGUCCGGUAGCUACCUGCCACCGUCUGGUGGUGGUGGUGGUGGUGGCUAUCCGGCUGCUCAAACUCCUUCCUCCAGCUACGGUGCUCCGGCUGGUGGUGCUGCUGCUGGAGGCUGGGGUGGCAAUGGAAACGGAAACGGUGGUCGCGGAGGUUACCCCAACGGUGGAGGACACUCUGGCUCGGCUCCGUCGCAAUCGUACGGUGCUCCAUCGGCUCCAUCGCAAUCCUACGGUGCACCGUCCCAAUCUUAUGGUGCUCCUUCCGCUCCGUCGCAGUCUUACGGUGCACCGAGCUUCGGUGGCAACGGUGGAGGUGCUAGCCACGGAUCGGGUGGCUUCGGAGGACACGGUGGCAAUGGAAAUGGUAACGGUUACUCGAGCGGACGCCCAUCGAGCCAGUACGGACCACCGCAGCAACAGCAACAACCGCAGCAGCAAUCUUUCCGCCCACCAUCGACCAGCUACGGUGUUCCGGCUGCUCCAUCGACGUCGUAUGGUGUUCCUUCCAGCAACGCUGGUCGCCCAUCGAGCCAGUACGGUGCUCCAGCACCGCAAUCGAAUGGAAAUGGAUUCGGUGCCCAGCGUCCAUCGUCUAGCUACGGUGCGCCAAGCCGUCCCUCGACCCAGUACGGAGCUCCGUCCAAUGGCAACGGUCAUGGCAAUGGUAACGGCAAUGGAUACAACCGUGGACCAGCUCGUCAACCAUCCUCGCAGUACGGACCUCCGUCCCAGGGACCUCCGUCAUCGCAGUAUGGACCUCCGUCCCAGGGACCUCCGUCGUCGCAGUAUGGACCUCCGUCCCAAGGACCUCCUUCCUCCCAGUACGGACCUCCGUCUCAGGGACCUCCGUCGUCGCAGUACGGACCUCCAUCCCAAGGACCUCCUUCCUCCCAGUACGGACCUCCAUCCCAAGGACCUCCUUCCUCGCAGUACGGACCUCCGUCCCAGGGACCCCCUUCAUCGCAGUACGGUGCUCCAGCUCCCUCUCGUCCAUCGACCCAGUACGGUGCUCCGGCUCAGACCCCAUCCAGCCAGUAUGGACCUCCGCGUCAGUCUUCUCCACAAUUCGGUGCACCGGCCCCACGUCCUCCAUCGUCCCAGUACGGAGCCCCAGCUCAGACCCCAUCCAGCCAGUACGGAGCGCCAGCUCCUUCUCGUCCAUCGUCCCAGUACGGAGCCCCAGCUCAGGCCCCCUCGAGCCAGUACGGUGCACCAGCUCAGACCCCAUCCAGCCAGUACGGUGCUCCGAGCUUCGGCUCGAACGGUGGCUCUUCGUUCGGUGGCAACGGUGGCACCAUAGGAGGUAGCUAUCAAACCGCCUCGAGCGGCAACGGCUUCUCGCAGGCUUCGUUCUCGGCCAGCAGCUUCGGCUCGAACGGUCGCUCGUCGCACUCGGCCGGCGGUUACAGCUCCGGUGGUCCAUCGCAGGUCCCAGCCACGAUUCCACAGCAGUACUCGUCCAACGGAGGAAGCUACAGCUCCGGUGGUCACUCGCAGGUCCCAGCUACGCUGCCGCAGCAGUACUCCUCCAACGGAGGCUACAACUACUAGGUAGACCUAGGAUCCCCUUGGACACGACCUGGACAGACUGGACAGAAUCGCGACGCUAUAACUGGCUCAUCGGACCGGAACAUGCAGCAAACACGUGCCUUAUUUAAGAUUUAACUUAUAGCGUAUCCCACACCCCUUGCAAUCCUCCCCUUUGUGUGUUCCCCAGGCGGCCACUGACGUCACUGGGAUGAAGGAGAGGAGAGCAGAAGUACCGCGACCCCAAUACCUACUGCGCAGAUCGAGCGAGGUGUCGUGUUAAAUUAUUUCAUGUGUUCAACCGUUGUCUUCAUUGUCUGUUUUUACUAAUUGUAUAAGUUGAAACACGCUAGUUGAGAAUGUGGAGUGAGAGAUAGAGGGAGACCGCGCGCGCGAGAGAGAGAGAGAGAGAGAGAGAGAGAGAGAGAGAAAGAUGGUGUGCCCAUAACAGCAGAAGCAAUAGUAGAUAGUAGAUUUCACGAGAAUCACCCAAGAUACCAUGAUCCUCGGCGGAGGACGGUUCGUAGCUCAAGAUGGACAAACAGAACACCUUGUCCCCAACAACCCGAGUUGCACGUCCGACAGUUUGUCCAAAAUUUUUGUCACGCAAAAUUGUGGAACAAGCGCACCGGCAGGCACCACCAAGCUCUCUGACUGACUCUAUCCUGACAUCGUGACACCGCGGAAACUGCGAAGCGAAGUGACGCGAGGAGAAGCUUUCUUCGCGACGCGAAAUGAAACACUUUUUGUCCGUGGCCCUGUGCGGAGCCAUCACUCUUUCGAACGGCUGGCAGGCCGAAACCGAGACCGAGAAAUAAAGUGUAAUCAUCGUUUGAUUUUUUCCUC